UACAGCCUGGUCCGCGGAAGCAGCUGGGGGUUUCGACCAAGCUGGGCUCAGAAGCCAGUUGUUGGCGCUGUCCGUGGUGCUGAGGAAUUCCCGGCUGCCGGCAGGAUGAGCUCCGAAUCAGCAGUCUGCAAACUGCUCACAGCGAUGCCAAACCCCAGUUAAAGUUGCGCCUUUGCUUCACUUCCACAGUUAGAAUCUUCUGGUGUGUGAGGAGGGAUUCAGUCAACAUACUGUGGACGAUGCUGAUGCUUCUGCUGGUGGAGUGGGCUUUAAGCUUCAGUAUGCUGUUUCUGUUUGUGAUCCUCAGAGCCUAGCCAAGUCACCUCUACUGCCGUAGCAAACACUGUGUAAGUGAACUCAUGUGUGGAGGAGGCGUAAUCAGCCAGGAAAUUUCAUAGAAGGAUCUAAGAAAAUGCUAAAAAUAAGUUCAACAUGAUUCUGCUACCAGGGUCCGGAUUUCCACAGGACCAGCAUUGCUUCUUGCUUUGAAUUCUGAAGACAGGUCCAAAGCAUAUUUCUUAUGUGUGUCUGCUGUGUUUCUCUCUGGAAGGGUGGGAGACUGCUUCUUGGCUGUGUUUUGAAAUGGGAAAUAGAGAGGAUGGAUUGCCUUUAAUUCAUGCCUGAAAAUGCAUUCUUUGGGUGACUAAAGAGGACCGGCUUACCUAAGAGAUACCUGACCUUUAAGUUCAGAUUGGUCUGUGACCCCCCAGCACCACCGUUAACCUCAGAGUGACUAGCCCACCCCUCUUGCAUUCCCAUGGAAGGAGCUGAGUGUGUUUAAUAUUAGGAGAACAUCCAGAAGUCUGUGAGGAGGGGGAUGGCUCUUCAUAUUCAUGAAGCUUGCAUACUUCUAUUGGUCAUCCCUGGAUUGGUCACCUCUGCUGCCAUCAGUCACGAAGACUAUCCUGCUGAUGAAGGUGACCAGGCUUCCAGUAAUGACAAUCUGAUCUUUGAUGACUAUCGAGGGAAAGGGUGUGUGGAUGACAGCGGCUUUGUAUACAAGUUGGGAGAACGGUUUUUCCCGGGACAUUCCAACUGUCCGUGUGUCUGUGCCCUAGAUGGACCUGUCUGUGACCAGCCGGAAUGCCCUAAAAUUCAUCCGAAAUGUACAAAGGUGGAACACAAUGGAUGCUGUCCCGAAUGUAAAGAAGUGAAAAACUUUUGUGAAUAUCAUGGGAAAAAUUACAAAAUCUUGGAGGAAUUUAAGCCCUCUCCAUGUGAAUGGUGUCGCUGUGAGCCCAGCAAUGAAGUUCACUGUGUUGUAGCAGACUGCGCAGUUCCUGAGUGUGUCAACCCAAUCUAUGAACCAGAGCAAUGUUGUCCUGUCUGCAAAAAUGGUCCAAACUGCUUUGCAGGAACAACAAUAAUUCCAGCUGGCAUUGAAGUGAAAGUGGACGACUGUAACAUCUGUCACUGUCACAACGGGGACUGGUGGAAACCCGCUCAGUGUUCAAAGCGCGAAUGCCAAGGCAAGCAGACUGUGUAGGGUAGAUUCCCGACCAGUGACAAGUUCUAGGAGGGGAUGCUAUGGCUUCUACACUGCACACGUAUCGCGCUCAACAGAAUGAGCAAACCAACCCCUGCCAGCUACAACAGGGUCACCAGCAAAACCUUCUGGGGUUGACAAAAGUGAAUAUUUUACGAAGAGGAAAUCUCUCUCUCUUUCUCUUGCUAUAUAAAAUAUACAUAGCAUAUAGCUAUCUACGCCACUUUUGUAAUUGCCAAUGCUUGAUGGUAACUAGACAACCAAGCUUUCUUGGACAAGAAAGAAAGAAAACAGCCUUGGACAGGCUCCUUCCCAGGUGAUGCCUCUGACCUGCCGCCUCACAUCCCUUGAUUUACUCCAUCUUUCCUGUGAUGUGCACCCUGCAUUUCUCUCUUGUAUGUUUUCUACCUUUGGAAUCUAAAGGGGUCAGAUUGGACUACAUGGUAAAGUUUUGUGUUUUCAUGAGAAGUGUUUGAUAAAGAAACUUUGUGGGAAAAUAUCCUUCCAGAGAGGAAAGAUUGAAGAGUAUCCAAGUCUUGGCUCUCUUGGGGAUAGUUAUGUUUGUGGCUAAGAAAUAGAAAGGUAAACUGGGCCCUCUGAAGAUCAGGUAAGGAACAGGUAUUUUGUCCAAUAUGUUGGGGCUCACUGUUGAUUCUUACAGACCAUGCAUUUUACACAUAAAAUUUUGAAACUGCCUAUCAGAACCAAGUAGGUGAGUGAGAACACCAUGUGUUGACCCAAGAACCCACAGAGACAGGUAUUUAAAACUGUAGCAUUUAAUCAUUCACGAUGCCAGCCUUGAGUUUGGUUUAUACUUAAACACACAGCAAAGCCCACCUUGUCAUCGGGCGAUAUAAAUACCAGAACCAGGGUGAGUAGCCCCACUGUGAAUCAAUCUUUCUAAACAUUUCUGACUUUCAAGUACCAGUUUGGCUGAAAGCCAGUCCUAGCCACAGCAGUUUUUAUGGUUCAGGACUGUGUUUUACAUGUUACAGUAACAACCACUCAGCCCUAAAUCUAAAAUCCAGAUUCAGGACACUCUUUCCACCUUAAGUGCUGAUGUAAAUUAAAGAGUAGGGUAGAGUGAGUCUUGCACAAUACAAUUUCAUUAGUUGAACAUUUUUUAAUGUAUAUAUAAUAGAUACUAAACGAUUAAAGAGAACUUUUGAAGCGUCUCAAGAUUGCCCUGGUAAUGCUGCUAGUCUAAUAAUGGAAAAUAAUAAUAAUAAAAGAAAUACACAGGGUAUCUGAUGCCGCCUCUAGUCAAGUGCAAAAUUCCCAGCUCUGAGACCACAUGGCCUAGUUCACUCUCUGUCCUAAAAACCUUGGUGCAGAUUUGAUAAGGUCCUUAGGAAACUUCAAAGUUUUCUUCAUCUCCAGUUGUCUUUCUUUUUCCUGUUUUCUGCUCCCACCUGUAAUAUACACUUCAUGUGGCUUCUGUGAAGGACCACAUUACAUAGAAAGAUAUCUCAGUGUCAGUUUUUGAUAUUUGAGGCUAGAUUGGUAGGGGGUGUGCUGCCCGCUCUUAUGAUACUAAGAGACAUUCUUAGAUUUCAUCCACUAGGUAGCAGGAACACCCAACUAGUUAUAUCAACCAAAUGUCCCCAGACAUAGCCAAAAGUCAUCAACGGGUGUGGGUAGGGAACAAAAUGUCACCUGGCUAAGGAGCUGUGUCAUGCAGCUAUAUCAUGUGUGCCAUAUAAUGAUCUGGGCAGCUCCAACUGCUCACAUGGCUUUGUUGAGCCCUUGAGCCCUUUGGAUCAUGCACAAACAGCAUCAACCCCAAGGGCCAAUCUCCUCCCUGUCAAGUGAUGUUUCUAACACCCACUCUCCGGACACCAGUUUCUUUAGUCUCAUAAAUUAGUUUUCUCAUUCAAAAUUGUCAGCCUCUCCUUCCUGGAAGCACUGCCUGUCAUCAAGAAAGAGUUGUCAUUUCCAAAAUUAAUGUGCUGACGAGCCAGACCUGACACUUUUACACACACUGUGCUUGUGUUAUGAUACAAAUAACCAUCCUGGUGCCAUCCGAGGAAGAACAUCCAGCCGCCUUCCUUUAGAACACCAAUUUGCUGCGAGGUUGGUGCCUUUCAGUUCCCACUAUGGAUACAUCAUAGAGACAGCCAUGAAUCAUUCAUGAGCAAUUCUGCAUGAUUUAUGCCUACACUCAAAAGCAAAGGCACUCCAUACUUCAGUCCAUGUCUAGACAGAGUUGUACUAUACAGCUUUCUUUGCCCUGAGGUUGCCUAAUGCCAGUUCCAAAAACUCACAUUCUUGGAAAGAAAUAAUAAUAUUAACUAUUAUUAUAAUAAAUGACAGGAAUAAGGUUUAAAACUGAGAAAAAUAUCGCUACUAGAGAGAACCAUGUAGCCUAGACCCUUCUCUAUUAUUAAGGAGUUACUACGUCCUUGUUAGAGACAGGAUGUGCAGCUUGGAAGCGAAGAUACAGAGAUUUUGCAUCAAAGUCUGAGCCCACUGAUAUUCCCAGCAAGGAUUCGGUAGACGAGAGUAUGACAACCAUGAAGACUCUUCAGAGAGUUCGCAGCUGCCAGCAGAUCAAUGGUGGCCUCUGUGACAAACUUGAGAAGGGGAUUUUUAUCAUUGUUUGUGUCGGGUUUGGGCUUGGUUUCUUUUGUGUGUUUGUUAUGUUCUUUUGGUUGUUCAGUUUCACUACAGCAUGUUCUUUAUCACUCCCAAGCACCAAUGUUUUCCCACCUUUAGGAAGAGACAAAGCAGAAUUUCUGUGGCAGGAUUUCUCAUAAAUGGAUAAACAUUCAACAAUUUCCUACUACCAGGUCACUGAGAAAUUCUUUCCAAGCUCAGAACAUCAGAGUUCUUCUGGUCUAACCAUUUUGUUAUUGUUGUUUCUUUUUAAGGCUUUGAUUGCAGCCACAGUUACCUCUGUUACCAUUUCUCCUCUGCCUUUGGCUCUUGGCUUUAAAUUCAACUAUGUUUAAAUAAGGGAUCAGUAUCUGGUUUGUCAGCUAAAGCCUGUUAAACUGAUUCAGUUUCUAAAACCUUUGAAAAAUGGUGUGCCUGAAAACUAGUGAGAGAGAGAGAGACAAAAAAAUAAAAAAUAAAAAACAAAAACCACUAAAUACUAAACUGUACAAAAAGGGAUUCUAGCAACAAUAUUUGAUGUGUAAAAGAAUAUAUUAUUAAAAAAUUAUUUUGUUAAAUAUAAA